AUGAUUACACUGACAAGCACAGAGCUGAACUAUCUAGUAUACAGAUAUCUUAUAGAAGAAGGAUACGUUCACUCGGCAUAUGUAUUUGGGCAUGAAACUAUGAUAGAAGACAAUCCAUCUGUCCCACAGCUGCAAAGAGAUGCGCUUAAGAACUAUGUAAUAAAGGGAGUAGAAAUGGAGUAUGUUGAGAAACACUCAAAUAUGGCAACGGGGAUACGGAAGUGCACGUCAAAGUACAGUAUAUCUACGCCGCACAUGUGUAUAGAGCAAGAAAUAGAAAUACAUCCUAUUUACCUGGACUCCCAGGAGAGUGAUGUAAGUCUUUGUGCAUGGGCCGAAAAUGGGGAAAUGGUGACAGGCAGUCAAAACUGUCUUCUGCGCCUAUGGAAUCUGCCAAAUGUAAAAAAGGAGUGGAGGGUAGGAAUCAACCAAAACAAUGCGCAUGGAAUAACAGGAGUGGCAAUUGAGUCAGACUCGCCCUUUGGGGAUUCUACUCGGGCCACUACUGUGGUGGGUGCAACCCAUAGUGGAGAGCUAUUUGUGACAAAGAAUGAAAAGGAGUGGAAGGCUCUGCAUGGGCACCGAGGGCCAAUUGUGGCUGUAUCGCUGAAAGGAGACGAAUUACUAACCGGAGGAUGGGAUGGGCUGUGCAAGAAGUGGACAAUAGAAAAUAAUUCACUUGUAGAUGUAAAGACAUGGCCACUGCAUAAGGGCGCAAUCAUGGACAUUCUUUCUCUGGACCCCGGUAUAAUUACGUGCAGUGCAGAUGGAACUCUUUCCUGCAUAAACAAGUACCCUUCAGAUGGCCAAGUAACCAAACUAUCUGGGCAUGAUGGAGAAAUAAAUUCGAUUGUAGAGAUGGAUGGAAGGAUUAUUUCCUGUUCUGAUGACACAAAAUUGAAGAUAUGGCAGUUUAACAAAAAGGAGCCGCUGAAUGUACUGAACGGACACACUCAAGAGGUCUACUCUGUUAGUGUUGCAAAAAAUAUAUUUGCAUCCGGGUCAUUUGAUGCUACUAUAGGGAUCUGGUCACCAGAGCGCUCAGAGGCACUGAAUUUCCUGAUUGGGCACGAAAAGCCUAUUUAUACUGUGGACUUCUCCAAAGACCAAACGCUUCUAGCAUCGGGUGGAUUGGAUCCUGUGGCAAAACUGUGGGAUAUUCGGUCAAAUGAGCUAGUUAAAGAGUUUGACAUUGGUGCAGCAAUUUACCAAAUUAAAUUCUCCCCGACAAACAAUAGUCUGUUAGUUUGUAGCUCUGACCCCCGCCCGAUUAUUCUGGACAUUCGGAAAUAAUUUGCAUAAUAAAUGCU